AUGUUGGAUUAGAGGAGGAAUUUCCAGGUCUUUAUGUGUUAAUUAAAAAGUCAUCCUUCAGAUUGUAACAAGGCUUCAAAAGAUCAACUACUUCUAAAGUCUGAAAUCAGCACCUGUAAAAGAAUACAUGGAACCAGUGAACAAUGUGACCUACUUUGUCCUCCUGGGCCUCACACAGAGUCCAAAGGAACAGAAAAUACUUUCUGUUGUGUUCUCACUCUUCUACAUUUUCACCAUCAUGGGCAACUUGCUCAUUGUCAUGACUGUAACUGUCAGUAAGUCCCUGGGCUCACCCAUGUACUUCUUUCUUGCUGCCUUAUCAUUUAUGGAUGUCAUUUAUGCUUCAGUCAUUUCCCCCCAGUUGAUUUCAGGCUUGUUCUUUGGACAAAAGACCAUAUCCUUUCAAGCUUGCAUGAUCCAGCUCUUCAUGGAGCACUUCUUUGGUGGAUCAGAGGUCUUUCUUCUGUUGGCCAUGGCAUAUGACCGCUAUGUAGCCAUCUGUAGGCCCCUGCAUUAUCUGAUUAUCAUGAGGCACUGGGUAUGUAUGGUACUGCUAAUAGUAUCCUGGGUUGGAGGUUUUCUGCACUCGGUUAUCCAACUUAGUUCUCUCUAUGGGCUCCCAUUCUGUGGUCCCAAUGUCAUUGAUCAUUUUCUCUGUGACAUGUACCCUUUACUGAAACUUGUCUGUACUGAUACCUAUGUUGUUGGCCUCUUAGUGGUGGCUAAUGGAGGACUGAUUUGCAUUAUUAUAUUUCUGCUCUUACUCAUCUCUUAUGGUGUCAUUUUGCACUCCCUAAAGAACUUUAGUCAGGAUGGGAGAAGUAAAGCCCUCUCUACAUGUGGUUCACACAUCACUGUGGUUGUCUUCUUCUUUGUUCCCUGUAUUUUUAUGUACGCAAGACCUGCUAGAAACUUCCCUAUUGACAAAUCAUUGAGUGUAUUUUAUACAGUCAUAACCCCUAUGCUAAACCCUUUAAUCUAUACUUUGAGAAAUUCAGAGAUGACAAAUGCUAUGAAGAAGCUCUGGAGAAGAAAAGUCAUAUCAGGUAACAAAUGA